AUGAGCAUUACUGACGCAUUGCUCAAGAAGGUCCAGGCUGCGUCCGGACUGGGCUUUGGCUCGUUCCUCGUCCUGCACCUGUGCAACACGCUCAGUGGACAUAUCUCGCCGGCUGUCUACGAUUCCGUGCAAUCCGUUUUGCGAUGUUACUACCAAAACCCAGCCGUCGAGCUCGUCAUGGUGUUUGGAUCACUUUCGAUUCAUGUUGGUGCCAGCUUGUGGCGCAUGCAGAAGCGCGUUGCAGCGGACGCCGUGCUGGCGCAGUCGUUGAAACACGAAUUGUCAACCGCAGAUGUUUCGGCAACGUCCGCGCCAGACCCGAAGGCAGUUCGUGCAGCUGCAGCUGGGCCAGACACUAUGACUCUGUCGCUUGUUCGAAAGCUGCACCGGUUGUCAGGCCUGGCCCUGCUGCCCUUGAUCAGCGUGCAUGUUAUGGCAACCCGGCUGUCACCGAUCGUUUCUGGCGUUGUUCCGGACAUGACUAUUGUCACCGGAAGCUCGGUUUGGAAGGCAUUCGUCCCGCUGGGCGCACUCCUUGUCUCCAGCGUGCUUGCCAUGACCGGCUACUACUGGCACAUUGCGACACCGCGCGUGUACACUGACUAUGUGCAACUGCACGAGGUCUACAUGCAAUACGUUCCGGAUGUUGUGCGCAAGCAUCUUCCUCAUUGA